UCCCCCGUGACAUCGAGGCGGCAGACUCAGUAAUUAUUCAACUCCUCCAAGCCUGAGCCUCGCAGUGUACCUACAGAGCGAUCUCCGCCUAUCCCGAUCCCUCCCUUCUUCGGGACCUUUGCCGUACUUGUUGCUAAACUUUCAGAACUCUCGCUCCAAUCGCCGUGCGAUCAUCAUAACUUUAUCGUAACCCUCGGUCUCAUCCGCUUCAGCCGAAUAUCUACUCUUGGAGCACUAGCAAAAGCUUCCAGGCAGAUGUCCAUAUCUCUGCCUUAACUUGCUCGUCUGCCUCAGACGGUCACGCGCAAAGUUUCGACUUACUAGCUUUUCAUUCCUUCGACCAUGGUUUAUCCUUACGCUUACUAGGUAGGUACUGGAACUUCGGGCUACCAGCAACCCAACCACCAAAACAAGUGCGUCUUUUGUCUUCGUUCGGAGUUGAUUCCGCAUCAACCAUGCGACCUCCCUGGAUUGCUCUCCUUCAGUAUCUAGUUGGAACCUCCGCACUUGGGCUCGAGGACCAACAUGAGCUUAUUAGCUCAGAGUUGGAACAUGAAUUGCUAGCGCCCCAGGACCAGCCCGACCGUGCCGUCCUUGCUGAAGGCCAUGCGUGGCCCGAGGCCCCGCUGGAAUGUAUCCAGGUCGCGCAGCCGGUACGGGGACCGUCCGGGCCUGUCCUACAGGGCACUGCCAUCCAUUCCCUAGCCGGAGAGGCGCCAGGGGAACCUUGUUGCUCCAUGCUGCUGAUGGAGCAUUCUUUUGGCUUUAGCUAUGGAAAGCCCUUCGUCGGACAGUAUCAGCCACCGGGCUGCGAUUUUGACAGGGUCAUCAUGAACUUUACCGUCACCUCUGCCGGGCGUCAGUUUGAUCGUCUGGCGCUUAUGUUCUUCAACGAUACCGAAGUCUGGCGGACUUCCACUGCCGAGCCGAAGCCGUCACCUGGCAUUGUCUGGACUUAUUGGAAGGACAUGACCCAAUAUCUCAGCCUCUGGAAGGCACCCCAGACGCUCAUCUUCGAUCUGGGCAAUCUUAUAAAUGACAAGUACACCGGUUCUUUCAACUGCACAUUGACUGCUACUUUCUUUAAGAGUAACGUGGCUCAUCACGGCUCUCCUCCGGCCGACUUGGUUAUUCCAAUCUCGGCAAGAAAAGGGGCAACUGGUUCAGGCAGCGCCUGGACCGUUCCCCAGCAACAGGCGAUCAACACCGUCAGCUUUCCGCGAAAUGCAGUAAAGGCCGUGUUCUCUGUCUCGGCAAAUGGGCAAGCCUCCGAGGAAUUUUGGUGGAGUAAUGUGCUCCAGAGUGACGUUGCGGCCUUCAAUAAGACAGUCGGCCUGCUUCCCGGGCUGAGUCCGUUCAGAGAAGUGCAGGUGUAUAUCGACGACCGCUUAGCUGGCGCGGCUUGGCCUUUCCCCGUGGUCUUCACUGGAGGCGUCUCCCCAAGCCUACAUCGACCUGUCGUGGGGCUGGAGGCGUUCGAUCUCCGAGAGCAUGAAGUUGACCUUUCGCCUUGGCUGCCUCUUCUCUGUGACGGCAACGACCACACUUUUAGGAUUCGAGUGGUCGGCCUUUAUGACGACAAGAACUCCGCGUUCCUGACGGAUAGAAUCGGGGACUAUUGGGUCGUGACAGGCAAGAUAUUCGUGUGGCUCGAUGAGGAAGGCUCAGUCACCACGGGCCGGAGUCCCGAGAUCAAAGCACCGGAGCCUGCCAUUCGCAUUUCUCACGAAACACGCCAGAACGACUCUUGGAUAAACGAGGACCUCACAUACUCCCUUCACGUGCAACGCAACAUAUCCGUCAAGGGGGAGGUCACCACACGGAACGGCUCACGGACAUCCGCUUGGGCCCAGGCAUUGGCGUACACUAAUCUCGGCGCCGUGGCUUCUUUUGGCAACCAUUACAUCAACAAUAUGACCAUCACUGGGGCGGAACAAGCACAGGGUCCGAGAUUCUACUUCUCUGUCUACUCAUACCCGCUAUAUGCCAACUCCAGCCACAUUACCAGCCCGACGAACAACCUCACCAUCGAAGCUGAGCUAGAUCAAGGAUUAUACCUGGAAAUUCGGGGAGAUCCCGUCUUUCCGACCGGCCUUGAGGCCUUCACCACGACUGCUCGGAAUACGAAUCAGUCCCUGGUGGGGAGCAGGGUUGCGACGUUCAGAACCGGCCAGGCCUCGUUCUACCAGUCUGGAGAUGGAAGGCACAGCAGCGGGUUUGGAUCCACGCGCCAGCAUUUCUGCUUUGGGGGCAUCAAGUCGGAGGGAGGUAGCUCCGUUGACGUCGAACUGUACAGGCGCGACAUGGCAGCUGUCAAUGACACGGUUAUUUUCGACGAGGAGAAAGUCAGCGUUCCGGGCCCAAUACCUUCACAUAAUGGAUCACGGCACCGGCAGCAGAAGCAUCGAUAUCCGGAGCGCGAACAAGUAGGCCCCUUCGCCUUUGCGCCAGCCAAAGGCAAGCAUGUUCCAUGGGGGAGCAUAGAAGCUGAAAAACGCCACCAUCUUUGAGCCUCGCAGCCCACCUGGCCCCGCCUCGAAUUUUUUCUUUGUUAUUUACCUCUCCCUUUUGACGCCUAUUCGAAGCCAGGACAUGUCGGCGCAAAGUCUCGCUUUGCGUAGCGUGAUCGCUCUUGUCGAAACAUUCCAGUCAAGGUUUCCACCGACUUGCAAUGCCGGGGCUCAACUCGUGAACUGACGUGUCGUAGAGAGUUCUCUACCGCUAUCAAGGAAGUAACUGCAUAAGGUAGCUACCGACAACUCCACCAGGAGGGUUC